UAUUAUUGUUGCCCUGUCAUGUCUUUGCAGUUUCCCCAAGCCAGGGUGGGACAGUCGCACAGCUGGUACAGCUGCUGCCUCAUAGCUCCAGUGACCUGGGUUCAAUCCUGACCUCAGGGGCUGUCUGUGUGGAGUUUGGACAUUCCCCCUGUGACUACUUGGGUUUCCCCAGGAUGCUCCAGUUUCAUCCCAUUAUCUCAAAGACAAGGAGAUUGGCAAUAUGAGCAGCUUGAUCUUCCCAGCUCGUACCCUGAAGAGUUUAAGCACUUAUGUCAUCUUCUGGAGGAAGUGUGCAUCACGUGAGUUAUGUGGGGCACAGGGUGUGCAAGCAAUCUGUACCAAUUUCACUCUGAACUUAAACACUGUCGAACAGAGAUUCAAAAGACACCAUGUGCUACCUGGACUCUGGGCGAAGCCUCUUAUUGUAUUCAUGAGGCUCAAAAGCUCAAAAAAGAGGAACAAGAAAAUGCUACAACAGAACCUGGAGGAAGAUGAGGAGAGCGAUGAUCCUGAGAAAAGUGACUAUGAGGAUGAAUCUGAGGAAGAGGAAGAUGAUUGCAACCAACCUAAAAUUUACAAGGACCUUGAGAAAGUAGUGGUAUCUUUUAGGUUUGACCUCAUCAUGAAAGCUGGUUUGGAUAUAGCAAGGAACAAAGUGGAAGAUGCCUUCUAUGGUAACAAACUGAGGCUGAAUGGAGAAAGGUUACUGAAGAAAAGUAAAGUGGUGAAGGAGGGUGAUGUUCUGGAUCACCUCAUUGGGGAGGACAAAGAAGCUGAAACAGUCACUGUGAUGAGGGUGGUGCUUCGAAAGGUUGCUGAGGAAAUGACGGAUACUGACAAAUACAGGGUAACCUUGAGACGCUGGAAAAAUCUGAAGCUGCCCAGAGCGGAAGUGUUCAAGUAAGGCCGCUCUGUCAUCAACUACUUACCUGUGAUGUGUGAGGCACCAGGAUCCAAAAUAGUAAUCGGCGUGAAGACUUCUAUUUUCUAUAAUUUCUCCACAGCAACAUGAGGUGUUCACAACAAUUUGUGUUUCUGUAAAAGCGCCCGGGACUGUCAUGAACAAAUGGUGGAAAAUGCAACAUAGUUUUUGCAUUUUGAUCACAACACUCUUCACAUGAAGAGCAUCUCCAAGAACUUCCUGUGGGGAUGCACUAGUCUGAAGUUGCAAGAGGAAGAUUUGGGAGUCGCGCCUUGAGCUGAAUGGGGGAAUAAGAGAGGUUGACACAGGCUUUGUGGAGAGAGCAAAGGAGGUUUUGGAACAGAAAUAAAGUCUGCAUGGGAAGUGGGGUCAAAAGAUCAGCCUCAGGAGGAAAUGGAGAAGCAGCAGGGAUAACCAAGAUAAGAAAUUUGAGUCUGGGGAAACAUCCUCCCUUCGUUCCAAAAUCCAAGACUUCUUUAGGUUUCAGUGAAAACUCCUCUCAUUCAACUGAACUUGAGAUAAUACAGACCUGACCUACUUGCUCUCUCCUCAUACUACAAACCUGGAACCAGUCUAGUGAUUCUUUAAUGUAUUCCUUCUGUGGUAAUUACAUCCUUUUUUAUGUAAGGAAUCCAAAACUGUACACAGUAUUUCCAGAUGAGUCUCAUCAGGGUUGCACUACAGUAUCCUUAAUCAAAUCCUCUGAUAAUAAAGGUUAACAUACCUAAUUUCUAAUUGUUUAUUACAUCUGCCCAUUGGUUUUCAAUGACCUGUACAAGGGUACCUACUUCCUUUGACCGUUAACAUUAUAUAGAACAUUACAGCACAGUACAGGCCCUUCAGCCCAUGAUGUUGUGCCGACAUAUUAUCCUGCUCUAAUAUCAAUCUAACCGUUCUUCCCUCCCCCAUAGCCCUCUAUUUUUCUAUCAUUCAUAUGGCUAGCUAAGAGUCACUUAAAUGUCCCUAAUGUAUCUGCCUCCACAACCUCUGCGGGCAGUGCGUUCCAUGCACCCACCAUUCUUUGUGUAAAAAAACUUACCCCUGACAUCCCCCUUAUACUUUCCUCCAAUCACCUUAAAAUUAUGACCCCUCGUGUUAGCCAUUUUCAUCCUGGGAAAAAGUCUCUGACUGUCCAUUCAAUCUAUGCCUCUUUUCAGUCUUUCACCACUUAUAAUUUUCUUUCUUCUAUUUUGUGCACCAAAGUGGAUAGCUUCCCAUCUUUCCACGUUAUGUAUGCCGUGUUCUCACCCAUGCAUUGAGUUUGUUUGUAUCCCCUUGAAGCCUCUUUACAUCCUCAAACCUUACUAAUAAUCCCAACUAAUUUAGUAUUAUCAACAAACUUGGGGAUGUGAUAUUGGGUGGUCUCAGCCAAAUUAUUGAUAUAGAUUGUGAAUGGCUGGGGCCCAAACACUAAUCCCUGCAUCAACCCAGUAGACACAGCCUGCCAGCCUGGGAAAGACCAUCUUAUUGCUAUUCUGUGCGUUCCAUCUGAUAACCAAUUCUCAAUCCACAUCUGUAUAUGCCCACAAUCCCAUGUACUCUAACUUUGUUGACAAACUCUUUGUGAGACCUGUAUAAGCCUUCCAGAAAUCCAAAUAUACCACAUCCAUCAGUUCCCCCCUUAUACCACUAGUCACAUCCUCGAUGAAUUCCAGGAGAUUAGUCAAAUGUGAUUUUCCUUUCAUAAAUCCAGGCUGACUCUGCUCAAUCCGAGGUGUUCUGUUGUUCCAUCCUUAGACGGAAAUGACGAAUGAGCUGGGUGCCGGAGUAGACACAGUGGUGGAGAAAUAAGAGGUACCUAUAAGUGGUCCAUGGCAACAAAGUAAUUGUAUCAUGUAAUUUUAAAGUGCCACUCUUCAGUAGCAGAAUAAUAAAUUGUAUAAGGCACUAGAAAAUAACACGUUUUGUGACUGAGAGCAUGAUUUCAGGGGAUGUGAAGCCAAUAAAUGAAGCUCUGAUCCAGAUCAGAUAUAAUCUAACUGAAAGCAUUUAUGAGGCUGCAUAAUUUAUUAUUAA